UAAGUGUUUUCCCAGUGUGACAGAAUCUAGGAUGUCCGUCUGCAAGGAAAGGACCUGGGGAAAUUCUGAUGUGGAGGUUUCAGAGCAAGCUUUAGUUCAUUUCACAACUGCCCUUCUCGCUCUGCCAGGCUGCAGAAUGACGCCCACAUCUCGCUCCAGCUCAUCCCGUCCUCCCACAGGACAGGGAAGAGAAAUGGCUGCAGAGGAGCCAGUUCAGGGGCCGGUGACCUUCGAGGAGGUGGCUGUGUAUUUCACCAGGGAAGAGGGGGCUCUGCUGGACCCCACCCAGAGAGCCCUCUACAGAGACGUCAUGCAGGAGAACUAUGAGAACGUGACCUUGCUGGGGUUUCCUGUUUCCAAACCUGAUGUGAUCUCCCAGCUGGAACGAGGGGAGGAGCCAUGGGUCCUGGAUCUCCAGGGCUCUGAGGAAGGAGAGAUCCUGAGAGCUGCCUGCACAGCAGGUGCUGGGAUGGUGAGUGAGAACAAGGAGCAGAAUCCUCAGCAGGAAGAUGCUGAGCAAGUGGAAACACAUGGGGGAUUAUCACAAGGAUUCCAAGGGAAUGUGUCCAGGCAUCGUGUGGAGGGAAAAGCCUGUGAGCGUCAGCACAGGCCAGAGAGGGAGCAGGGAAUCCAGCCGAGGGAGAAGGUGGGCAAAUCCAUUAAUUGUCAGGGGACUCACCAGAACUCCAAGGAAAUCACAGCCCAGCAGAGAAUGCCUGUAGGAGAGAGAAAAAACACAUGCACGGAGUGUGGGAAACACUUCACUCUGAACUCCACCCUCAUUAGACAUCAGCGGAUCCACACAAGAGAGCGCCCCUACAAAUGCUGUGAGUGUGGGAAACAGUUCAGUGAGAAAUCAAACCUUAUCACACAUCAGACAAGCCACACAAGAGAGAGACCCUACGAGUGCUACGAGUGCGGGAAAAGGUUCACUCAGAACUCAUCCCUUACUAGGCAUCAGAGGAUCCACACAGGAGACAGACCCUAUGAAUGCCGUGAGUGCGGGAAAAGGUUCACGCUGAGCUCAUUCCUUAUUAAUCAUCAGAGAAUCCACACGGGAGAGAGACCCUAUGAAUGUUGUGAGUGCGGGAAACAAUUCAGUGAGCAAUCAAACCUUACUAAACAUCAGACAAGCCACACAGACGAGAGACCCUACGAGUGCUGCGAGUGCGGGAAUAGCUUCACGCGGAGCUCAUCCCUUAUAAGACAUCAGAGGAUCCACACAGGAGAGAGACCGUAUAAAUGCUGCGAGUGCGGGAAAAGUUUCACUUUCAAAUCAAACCUUAAUAUACAUAAGAGGAUCCACACAGGAGAGCGCCCCUACGAAUGUUGUGAGUGCGGGAAACAGUUCACUUGGAGCACAGCCUUUCUUAAACAUCGGAGAACCCACACAGAAGAGGAGCCCUAUGAAUGCUGUGAGUAUGGGAAAACGUUCCCUCAGAGCUCAGCCCUUCUUAAACAUCAGAAAAUCCACACAAGAGAGAGACUCUACGUGUGCUGUGAGUGCAAGAAAAGCUUCACUUGGCACUCAUCCUUUAUUAGACAUCAAAGGAUUCAUACAGGAGAGAGACGGUAUAAAUGCUGUGAGUGUGGGAAAAGCUUCGUUUUCAACUCAAACCUGAGUCAACAUCAGAGAAUCCAUACAGGAGAGCGCCCCUAUAAAUGCUGUGAGUGUGGAAAACAGUUCAGUGCGAAAUCAAACCUUAUCAGACAUCAGACAGGCCACACAGGAGAGAGAUCCUAUGAAUGCUGUGAGUGCGGGAAAAAGUUCACUCGGAGCUCAGGCCUCUUUUAUCAUCAGAGAAUGCACGCAGGAGAGCGACCCUAUACAUGCUGUGAGUGCGGGAAAAAGUUUACGCAGCGCUCAGGCCUUAUUAAUCAUCAGAGACUCCACACUGGAGAGCGCCCCUAUGAGUGCUCUGAGUGUGGGAAAAAGUUCACUCAGAGCUCAGGCCUUAUUAAUCAUCAGAGAAUCCACACAGGAGAGCGCCCCUACACAUGCUCUGAGUGCGGGAAAACAUUCCCUCAUAACUCGGCCCUUAUUAAACAUCAGAGGAGCCACACAGGAGAGAAACCAUAUGAGUGCUGUGAGUGUGGGAAAAGCUUCACGGAGAAGUCAUCCCUUAUUAGACAUCAGAUGAUCCACACGGGAGAGAGACCAUAUCAAUGCUGUGAGUGUGGGAAAAGGUUCACUUUCAAAUCAGACCUUAAUAAUCAUCAGAGGAUCCACACAGGAGAGCGCCCCUAUGAGUGCUGUGAGUGCGGGAAACAGUUCACUUGGAGCACAGCACUUACUAUUCAUCAGAGAAUCCACACAGGAGAGCGCCCCUAUACAUGCUGUGAGUGUGGGAAAACGUUCGCUCAGAGCUCAAGUCUCCUUAAUCAUCAGAGGAUCCACACACGAGAGCAACCCUAUGAGUGCUGCGAGUGUGGGAAAAGGUUCACGCGGGGCUCUACCCUUACUAGACAUCAGAGGAUCCAUACAGGAGACAGACCCUAUGAGUGCUGCGAGUGUGGGAAAAAGUUCACUCAGAGCUCUGUCCUUAUUAAUCAUCAGAGAAUGCACACAGGAGAGCGCCCCUAUACAUGCGCUGAGUGUGGGCAAACGUUCGCUCAGAGCUCAGCCCUAUUUAAACAUGAGAAGAUCCACACGGGCGAGCGCCCCUACGAAUGCUCUGAGUGCGGGAAACAAUUCAUUGAGAAAUCAAAAUUUAUCAAACAUCAGACAAGCCACACGGGAGAGAGACCCUAUGAAUGUUGUGAGUGCGGGAAACAAUUCAGUGAGAAAUCAAACCUUACUAAACAUCAGACAAGCCACACAGACGAGAGACUCUAUGAGUGCUGCGAGUGCGGGAAAAGCUUCACGCGGAGCUCAUCCCUUAUUAGACAUCAGCGGAUCCACACGGGAGAGAGACCGUAUAAGUGCUGCGAGUGCGGGAAAAGCUUUGCUUUCAAAUCAGAUGUUAAUAAACAUCAGAGGGUCCACACGGGAGAGCGCCCCUAUGAGUGCUCUGAGUGCGGGAGACAGUUCAGUCAGAAAUCCAACCUUAGUGCACAUCAGAGAGGCCACACACAGCAGAGUCCUUAUGAGUGCUGUGAGUGCGGGAAAAAGUUCACUCAGCGCUCAGGCCUUAUUAAUCACCAGAGAAUCCACAGAGGAGAGCGCCCCUAUACCUGCUCUGAGUGGGGGAAACAGUUCAGUGAGAAAUCGGACGUUAUUAAACAUCAGACAGGCCACACAGGAGGGAGACCCUAUGAGUGCUGUGAGUGCGGGAAAAAGUUCACUCAGCGCUCAGGCCUUGUUAAUCACCAGAGAAUCCACACAGGAGAGCGCCCCUACACAUGCUGUGAGUGUGGGAAAAAGUUCACUCAGAGCUCAGGCCUUAUUAAACAUCGGAGGAUCCACACAGGAGAGAAACCCUACGAGUGCUGUGAAUGCGGGAAACACUUUACUGAGAGCUCAUCUCUUAUUAGACAUCAAGGGAUCCACACGGGAGAGAGACCAUAUGAAUGCUGUGAGUGUGGGAAAAGCUUCACUUUUAAAUCGGACCUUAUUAAUCAUCAGAGGGUCCACUCACGAGAGCAGCCUGUGAGUGCAGGAAAAGUUUCAUCCGGAGCUCACACCUUGAUAGACAUCAGCGAUUUCACAGGCUAGAGACACACCAUAAACACUUUGUGCAGGGCAGAGAAAAGAUUGUUUUAAAGCCAUUUGCAAAUUCCCACAAAGGGACUUUUUAGGGCAGUUUUGCACCAUUUGCAUCACCCUGUUCUCUCAGCUCCCCCAGGUGAGUUGCCCUCUUUUCCUUUGCAGGUCACCCUUCUCUGGGGUGAAUCCCGUGGUCCUUUCUACCAACUCCGUUGUCCUGUGGGUCAUGGGAGUGUGUGUCACUCUGGCCAGGAGUGUCCAUCAGCCUCAUGUGGGGUUAAUAGGGGUGACCUCAGGUAGGAGAAAUCUAAAAUUGACCUGGGCUUUGCCUCCUGUAGGAUUUUCCAGCCUGCUGGGUAGCUAUCCUAAUGUAAACACCCCGCUAGAUUUGCAGUGCUGACAUAGCCCAGGCACAGGGGUCGGGGUUAGCUAGCACCUUCUCCUUUGUCCUGUCCUAAUCAACACCAAUUUUCAUACUCAAGACAAGCCCUGAGCGGCACGUUUAUACUCUCACCGCGCUAGCAGAGCGAUUGUUAGAGUCACCAAGUUUCUCCCUUUGGUGACAGAUUGUCUCAUCCCCAGUUGUUCUCACACUGGUCCAGGUUGUGCUGGGCAGCAGGUAUCUUUCUUUUUAUCAUUUCCUUUAUUGAAAAUCUAUUUCAAUAUAACAAAGAGGAGGAGCAGGACUGGGACAAAUGUAUCAUUUUGGCCUCUACGACACUGGAAGGAAAUGGGGUGAGUUGGUGGGAUUACCUCCUUCCCCAUCACUCACUAGGCCUGCUCACUCCAGCAGCGCUGGCAUCUGUCUGAGAUACAAUGGAGUUUAUCCACCUCUGUUCUACCCCUCCACCUCCCACAAAGUCUCUGCACUUCGUAGCAAAUUGAUCCUAAAUCCGACUCGUUAGGGCUGGAGAUGAGUGUCCCAGACCUGGAUGGGGAAUUUCCAUGGAUCCCAACCACAGAGCGAUCAUUCUGAGUUUAAAUCCCAGUUUCUGUCUAUUGACAGAGCCACUUCUGGACAUUUUCCUGCUGAGCUGGGAUCGUUUGCACACGAGAAGGUCAGCAAUUUUUUCCUAUUACGAUGAUGCUAAGUUUCUUUUUUUGUCAAUAACACGAUUUCAUAAUAAUGAAGUGCUGUGGAGUGAAGCCGGUUUGAAUGGAUCGAAGGAGAAAGUGACGGGGGAAUCUACUCUCCUGGUUUUUGAGUUAUCGGCUGUAACCUGCUCUAGAAUUUAAUUUUAUACGAAACUGAAAGUGACUUAUACAGAGCUAGUUGAGUGAUGUUAAGAAUAGUUUAGGUUUAGUGAGCUGUGUUCUUCAUUUUAUUUGUUUUGUACGUUUCAUUAAAAUGAACAAAGAGA